UAUAUAUAUAGGUAUAUAGGCAAUGUGUACACACAUACGUAUGUAUAGGGCGCGGUAACGUUGCUUUUCAGUGAAUUUAUAAUACAAAAUAUUUAAGUUAAAGAAGGUAAAAAGUAUACUUAAAGAGGCGCAGUUCCUACCGUCGACAUACCCAUAAUACUUAUACAGAUUCUAUGUAUAAGGCAUAAAGUUAACAUCGGAAUAGAAUAAUGUUUUUCAUUUGAAAUUAAUUUGUAUACGAUCCAUGUUAAGCAUUCGAUAAGCAAGAGUAUAUUUAAAGAUGAAUGUGGAUGUUAGUGAAAAUGGUAAACCAAAUCAAUUGGCAAAUCGUACUGAAGCUCAUCCAGAGGCAACUGAUUAUGAUGAUGACAGAGUAAGUUGCAAGAAAUGACUGCAUCUUACUCGGAAAUAUCAUUUGAUUCUCCAUCAUCACCACCUGCUUCAGAUAUAAGAUCACUUAUUGAUUCACCAGACUUGAGCAAUGGAAUGUAUCUUACGGAUAAAACUAAUAGACCAGAUUGUUUAGACUUGAGAAAUACGGAUGAACUUGAGAUAAGUAAUAGUGGCUGUGAUCCAAUAAGCUAUGAAAAAGCAAUGGGUUAUUUACAAUCUGAAGGAACUGUAAUGAAAGAAGGUGAUAUGGUGCUAUUUGUGGCAGAAGAUUUAGAGAAUAAAAUAAAGCUAUCUAGUCCAAUCGCAAAAAAAGGAGAAACAUCCUUUUUAGAUUCAAGGAAUUCUACACCUUGUCUCUAUAGACAAGCUCUAACACCUCAAUUACCUGCCUUGGAUCAUAAUAUACUCAAUGAGCUGGAAAAUGAGGCGAGGAAAGUGGCCACAUCAGUAGAUUCAAUAACAGAAAAUUUAGCAGCAAUUUUGCAUAGCGCGUCUGCGCUCACAGUUGGCUGUUUAGAAACGUAUCGGGAUGCUGUAUGCAAAACAUGCGAUGCAGUUGAUUAUAACAUAAAAUCGAUGUAUCAGUUGAUGGCUAAAUGCGAGGAACUGUCUAAAUCUAUGAGCGUUCUUUACAAGAUGUCAGAAAAAGUGAAGGAUAUGAAAAAAAUGUUGGAACUAUUUGAAAAUACAAUGAAUUCUUAAGAUAUAAUUAUUAAGGCAAGCAAGAGAUUUUGUUAUUACAACUUGUCACAUUCUGUAGAUAUGUCUUUGUAUAUAAUUUUCUGUUACGAAUCGCGUUAAAUUUGUGUGAUAUAAGAGUUGAAGAUAUUUAUGCUUAAACGUAUUAAGUUUUUAAUCCAAUGAUGUAUUCGGUAUGAGGUGUGCUGAAUUAUAUGCUGUGUAUGAUGUCAGAUAAAUAUACGCUUUUUUAUAAACCAA